AUGGUUGUUCGUAAAGUAUUUCUUGCUCGAACAAGAGGAGAUCUGUGGUCGGGUUUAGAGGCUGGUCUUAUUAAGAUAUGGCCUUGGGAAGCUAUUGAAAGAUCUUUGUUUUUAAAUGUUGAAGAAAGGCCCAUGGCUGCACUACUUGUAGAGAGGUCCUUCUUUGACCCAAGGGGUCAACUCGCUGCAAAUGGUUUCGUCAAUGUCUUUAAUUCCGAUGUCAAAUACCUCUUAUCUGAUGAUUCCAGAGCCAAAGUAGGUCUUGAGGGGAGUUCUUUUGGGCAGUGGUGGCUGGAUAUGAUUAACAAAACAUUGGAUGAAGGAUCAACAUUUGAACGAGUUGGUUCUAGGCAGUUAGCAGGCUUUCUUAUUGCUGCAUGGGUGAGAACUGAUAUUAGAGCUUAUGUUGGAGAUGUUGAUGCAGCAGUAGUUCUGUGUGGCUUUGGGCGUGCCAUUGGUAAUAAGGGAGCUGUUGGUUUGAGGAUGAGAGUGUAUGAUCGAAUAAUGUGCUUUGUUAACUCUCACUUCGUUGCACAUCUAGAAGCGGUUAAUCGUCGCAAUGCAGACUUUGAUCAUGUAUACUGGACAAUGUCCUUCAGUCGACCAACUAAUCUCUUCAAUGCCGCUUCCGAUACAAUACUGUACCUAUUCUUGUUUAGUUCGCUUGUCUUCUCAAUGUAUUUAUUUUGGCUUGUUUAUAGAUUUGGAUUGCCAUUGGUCCUUUCUAUUGCAGCUAGUGCUUCAUGUGCUGCUCAGGUGCUUCGAAAUACAACUACUGGUGUUGCCUACUCUGCUGAAGGGAUGCCUGAAUUAUCUGAGGCAGACAUGGUCAUAUUUCUUGGUGAUCUUAAGUAUCGAUUAGAUGGUAUAUCUUAUGAUGAAGCUAGAGAUUUUGUGUCACAAAGAUGUUUCGAUUGGCUUAGAGAAAGGGAUUAACUUAGAGCAUAAAUGGAAACUGGAAAUGUCUUUCAAGGAAUGCGUGAGGCAGAUAUUAGGUUUCUUCCCACAUACAAGUUUGAAAGACACCAAGUUGGUUUAGCAGGGUAUGAUUCGGGUGAAAUAUUUUGUGUUCUUGGAUCCAAAUUUGCUUGAACAUUCAAAUUUCUGAUCAUUAUGUUAAUUUAUUGCUUCAGGGAAAACAAGAAUCUCACAGGAACAACUUGUUAUGCAAGUGUUAACACUCACCUCGGAGUUGGUGAGCCAUUUAUAAUUCCUAAUUAGAGAAUAUGUUAUUUGUUUCUCCCUGUAAUGCUUGAGACUUUUGGGCUUUAUCUAAUUGUGAAUGUAAUCUUUAUGCAGAGCAAAGCAGAAGAGAUGAUUUGGAGUCUCUUGGUUAUGUGCUUAUGUAUUUUUUGAGGGGUAGGUUGGAUACUUAUGUGAUAUGCUGAAAUCCAUUUUCCUUUGUUUCAUUGCUCUGUUUCACCAUAUUAUUUACUUAUUUUCUUUACUAGUCUUCCUUGGCAGGGAUUAAAAGCAGGUACAAAAAAACAGAAAUACGACAAGAACAGUGAAAAGAAGAUGCUUACUCCCAUAGAGGUAUGAUCUUAAGCUCUUGCAAGUAGUGUAGGGUGAAGUUAGCAUUUAUAACUCUCAUAUGAGUAUGGUAUUAUUAGCUCAUUACAGA